UAAGAAUAGAAGGAAGGCCAACUUCAUUUUAUGCCCAUUUUGGAGAACAUCAUUUGGUCGACCACCACUUAGCUCGCUUGAAAACCUAUAACAAAUUAAAGGGACCAUCCUUUUAACAAGAGCAAUAUGGACAUAGCAUCGGCCAGAUGGUUUUCCGAAUUGGGAAUGGAUGAUUACAAUAUCUUCCAACAAUUCCAAAUGAACUCUCUCAAUGAGGAAUUCCCAGAUGACAUAUCUACAGUGCUGAAAGAGAAUUUCCAACAAUCUUUGUCGUCUGAGAGCCAUUCUUCUUAUCCUACUGUCACUACCGCUCCAAGUGGUUCAUCUUCAGUUGAAACUUGUCAUAAUCAACCAAGCUCUGAAAGGCCUGCAAAACAGAGGAAAACCACUACUAGCUGUUGGAACAAUUCUGGAGUAAUAGCUAAACAUGUUGUUUUACCAAAAUUACCCUCUUCUUCUUCUUCUUCCUCACAGCUUCUUUCUUUUGAAAACUCAAAUUCCCAACCUAAUAGCUUGAAGCCCAAAGAUGAGGCUAUGUCCCACAUAGAUCUUCAUUUUUCAUCUUUGCUCCCAAAAGAUUCUAUUGAGAAUGUCCAAGAUUAUAAUUCACCAAAAGCUAUCCAACAAGGGACUAAGAGAAGCUAUUCAAUGUCUAGAACUCCUUCACAUGCUCAAGAACACAUAAUUGCUGAGAGAAAAAGGAGAGAAAAGCUCAGCCAGAGGUUCAUAGCUCUUUCAGGGAUUGUGCCUGGUUUAAAGAAGAUGGAUAAAGCUUCGGUACUUGGAGAUACUAUAAAGUAUGUAAAACAGCUUCAAGAACGUGUGAAAGUGCUUGAGGAACAGACCAAGAAGAGAACUGUGGAAUCAGUGGUAUUCGUGAAGAAAUCCCAAUUCUCCGGUGAUGAUGAUUCGUCUUCUUGCGAUGAAAACUUCGAUGGGCGGUCCGAUGAAGCUCUACCGGAGAUUGAAGUAAAAGUUUCAGAGAAGGAUGUAUUGAUAAGAAUUCACUGUGAGAAACAGAGAGGAGUCACGGUGAAAAUAUUAAGUGAAAUAGAGAAGCUUCAACUUUCUGUGGUCAAUAGUAGUAUUUUGCCGUUUGGGAAUUCCACUCUGGACAUUACCGUUGUUGCUCAGAUGGACGAUGAAUUCAGCAUGACUGUGAAGGAUCUGGUUAAAAUCUUACGGAUGGCAUUAUUGAAAUUCAUGUGAAAUUGAAAAUAAUUUUGGAGGAACCAAAUUCUUUGGAAUCCAACAAUCCCUGUACAUCUGUAGCAUUAGCAGCCAAUCCAAGUCUCUUUCCCGGAACCACCUUCUGAGACAAGCAAAGCAAACCCAUUUUUCUAUUCACCCACCUGCCUUAAUUGUCGGAGAUUUGCUUUGGAACCGUGAGAUUUCCUUUUUUUUUUUUUUUUUUUUUCUAUUUUCCUGCAGGGUUUUUUUGUUCUUAUUCUUGUUUUUUUCGUGGUUGAUUCUUUGGCCACGUUGAAUUUUUACCCACAUGAUGUACUAAGAAACUUCCCAAAUUAACUUUGUCAAAUUAGUUUUUUUUAAUAAUUUGUUUAUUUAUUACUUUUUUUUUUUUGGCCCUUUUUGAGAGUUGGAGUUUCACUGUUCCUGUAAAACUAGAUCUCUCUUUUCCCAAUCUUAAUUGAUUUGUUUUUGGAUGCGGGAGCCUAUGAAUUAGUAAGAAGAAAACAAAAAUGGGUAUAUAUAUAUAUAUAUAUAUAUUCAAGGUUUUUGUAAGAGAAAUAAAUUAAGCAGGGUGCUCAGGUAUCUUCCUCUUGUUAUAUGUACCGUGCAUCGUACAUGUU